GUUGUUGGCCACGGCGUGGGAAGCAGCUCUGGGGGAGCUCUGAGCUCCCGAUUACGGCUUCUCAGGGGUAGCCACGGCUAGGUGGGUAGAAGCGGGCUGGGUCUCCUAGUGGAGACCCAAGUCGGAUAGGCAGGUGUGUCAGUGCCUGGGGACUUUGUAGCUUCCUGUCGACUGGGUCGUGUGCCUUAUCCAGCUCUAGACCCGGCUCCCAGGGAGAACUCGGUGGAACUUCAAAAUCGCUGGGCAGGUCUGCCUUUCAACCAAUGCCCCUGUCCCUGGGAGCCGAGAUGUUGGGGCCUGAAGGUUGGCUGUUGCUGCUGUUCCUGGCAUCAUUUACAGGCCAGUGCCCCGCGGGUGUGCUGGAGACCACGGAUUUGAUAACCGUUGUGCUGGGCCAGGACGCAAAGCUGCCCUGUUUCUACCGAGGGGAUCCGGAGGAGAAAGUGGAGCAGGUAGCAUGGGCUCGGGUGGACGUGAACGAGGGUGCCCAGGAGCUGGCGCUACUGAACUCCAAAUAUGGGCUACACACGAGCUCAGCCUACGAGGGUCGCGUGGAACAACCACCCCCGCCACGGGACCCCCUGGACGGCUCAGUGCUCCUGCGCAACGCAGUGCAAGCAGAUGAGGGCGAGUACGAGUGUCGGGUCAGCACCUUCCCUUCUGGCAGCUUCCAGGCGCGGCUGCGGCUCCGAGUGCUGGUGCCUCCCCUGCCCUCACUGAUUCCUGGUCCACCGCUAGAAGAGGGCCAGGGCCUGACGUUGGCAGCCUCCUGCACAGCUGAGGGCAGCCCAGCCCCACAAGUGUCCUGGGACACAGAGGUCAAAGGCACACCAUCCAGCCGCUCCUUCACGCACUCUCGCUCUGCUGCUGUCACUUCAGAGUUCCAUCUGGUGCCUAGCCGUAGCAUGAAUGGGCAGCCACUUACCUGCGUGGUGUCUCACCCUGGCUUGCUCCAGGACCAAAGGAUCACCCACACCCUCCAAGUGGCUUUCCUUGCUGAGGCCUCUGUCAGGGGCCUUGAGGACCAAAAGCUGUGGCAUGUUGGCAGAGAAGGAGCUAUGCUCAAGUGCCUGAGUGAAGGACAGCCCCCUCCCUCAUACAACUGGACACGGCUGGAUGGGCCUCUGCCCAGUGGGGUACGAGCAGAAGGGGACACUCUUGGCUUUCCCCCGCUGACCACUGAGCAUAGUGGCGUCUAUGUCUGCCAUGUUAGCAAUGAGCUUUCCUCGAGGGAUUCUCAGGUCACUGUGGAUAUUCUUGACCCUCAGGACCCAGGGCAACAGGUGGAUCUAGUGUCAGCAUCCGUGGUGGUGGUGGGUGUAAUCGCUGCCCUCUUGUUCUGCCUUCUGGUGGUGGUGGUGAUACUCAUGUCCCGAUACCAUCGGCGCAAGGCCCAGCAGAUGACCCAGAAAUAUGAGGAGGAACUGACCCUGACCAGGGAGAACUCCAUCCGGAGGCUGCACUCUCAUCACUCAGACCCCAGGAGCCAGCCGGAGGAGAGUGUAGGGCUGAGAGCCGAGGGCCACCCCGAUAGUCUCAAGGACAACAGUAGCUGCUCUGUGAUGAGUGAAGAGCCAGAGGGCCGCAGUUACUCCACACUGACCACAGUGCGGGAGAUUGAAACACAGACCGAAUUGCUAUCUCCAGGCUCUGGAMGGGCAGAGGAAGAGGAAGAUCGAGAUGAAGGCAUCAAACAGGCCAUGAACCAUUUUGUUCAGGAGAAUGGGACCCUUCGGGCCAAACCCACAGGCAAUGGCAUCUACAUCAAUGGUCGGGGACACCUGGUCUGACCCAGGUCUGCCUCUCUCCCCUAGGCCUGGCUCCUUCUGCUGACAUGGGGGAUUUUAACUCAUCUCAGGGGGGCCUCCUUAAAUGCCCCUAUCUCUUGAGGAAGAUGCUCCCCACCCCACUGACUGCUCCAUGUUUUCCUCCAAUCCUUCUGUUUAUUGGGAGGGCUCCAUUUGAGUCUCUCCCACCGUGUGUGCAGGUCACUGUGUGUGUGUGCUUUUGUGUUUGUGUGAGCAUUCACUGUGUGUGAAGGGAUGAUUGUCUAUGGUUAUAUAUUGUACUGUCUUGUUAAAGUCCAAGUGGACAGUGAUGUGUGUGCCACAGGAUUUGGGUGGCUGUGUGGGGAGUGAUGUCAAGGUUUGGUUUAUGUGUGAUGUGACUGUGUGACCUCUGCCUGCAAAUGCAGGUAUUUUCCUCAGACCCCAGAGCAGUAUUAAUGAUGCAGAGGUUGGAGGUGAGAGGUGGAGACUGUGGGUCAGAUCCAGGUGUGCGGGCAUAGCUGGAGCUGGAAUCUAGCCUCUGAAGUGGGGGAGCUGGGUUCCCACCACUCUGGAGCCACCGGGCAAGUGUGAAGCUGCUGCCCAGGGGUCUGCCAGAGGUUUGAACUGUACACGGAAGAAGCCCUCUGCCCUCUGGUGGCCUGUGGGCCUGCUGCAUGUACAUACUUUCUGUAAAUAAACUCACAGGGAGCUU